AUGAUUGGAAUGAGACGUUUUUCUACCUUCAACUCGGGCUUGAGACAUGCGGCUGCGGCAGCAGCCCGUUCUGCUCCUGUAGCUAGCUCUGCUGUCGAGGGUGCUCUAUCGCCUUUGCGACUAGCACUAUCGCUCGAGGAGCCCUCCCACAACUGGACCAAAGAACAGUUGCGUGAGAUCUACAACACUCCUUUGCUAGAGCUUACGCACGCUGCACAAUUGCAACACCGCAGAUGGCACGACCCCACCAAGGUGCAGCUGUGUACAUUGAUGAACAUCAAGAGUGGUGGAUGCACGGAGGAUUGUAAGUACUGUGCUCAGUCUUCCCGUCACAGCACUGGCGUCGCGGCAGAAAAACUUGUGUCCGUCGACGCAGUUCUCAAAGAGGCCGAAGAGGCCAAGAAGAACGGAUCUACGCGGUUUUGUCUAGGGGCGGCGUGGAGAGACAUGCAAGGCCGUAAGUCUGGGCUCCGGAAGAUCGCAGAUAUGGUCACUAAGGUCAACGACAUGGGCCUGGAGACCUGUGUCACUUUGGGUAUGGUCAACUCCGACCAAGCUAAGCAAUUGAAGGACGCAGGGCUUACCGCGUACAACCACAACAUUGACACAUCGAGGGAGCAUUAUCCUAACGUUAUCUCUUCGAGAACUUACGAUGACCGUCUCCAGACCAUCAAAAACGUCCAACAAGCAGGUAUCAAGGCAUGUACCGGUGGUAUUUUGGGUUUGGGUGAAACCGAAGAAGAUCACGUAGGUUUUUUGUACACUUUGGCUAACAUGACCCCUCAUCCAGAAUCCCUUCCAAUCAAUAGGCUAGUCCCUAUCAAGGGAACGCCAAUGGCCGAGGAACUCAAAAAGCCUGAUGCCAAGAAGCUCGAAUUCCACGAAAUUUUGAGAACGAUCGCCACUGCCAGGCUGGUUAUGCCACAGGCUAUCAUCAGAUUGGCUGCCGGUCGAUACACCAUGAAGGAGACUGAGCAAUUCUUGUGUUUCAUGGCUGGUUGUAACGCUAUCUUCACUGGUAAGAAAAUGCUGACCACAAUGUGUAACGGUUGGGACGAAGAUAAGGCAAUGUUAGCAAAAUGGGGUUUGGAGCCAAUGCAAAGCUUCGACUACAAUGCCAAUAAAAAGGUCGCCUGUGCUAGCGAGGCUUAA